CAUACUGUAGAAUUGGUGAGUACGUGCUCGUCUAAAGGUAAAUCGAAGUUACUAUUUUAGCGAAUCCACUUUUCUAUAUUCAUUUCAGCUAGUGAUAAUUACAUUUCCCUCAAUGGUCUGGUUUUAUAGUGUGUGUGUGUGUAUUGGAAAGAGUAUCUCACAUCAUGGAAGGAACUUCUCGAACUCUUCCUUACAGCAUAAAAUCGAUUGGUCUACUUGGUAGUCAUGCCCUUGGUCGGAAUCCAAAGUUCAUGGCUACGACGGUAGAUCUGGGAAGGGAAUUGGUAAGGCAAAAAAUUGGACUUACUUAUGUAGGAGGUAAUGUUGGCCUUCAAGGAGUUGUGGCUUCAACAGUCUAUACCAAUGGUGGUAUAGUUAGAGGCUUUAUACUAGAGUAUAUUGCAACACAACGGGUCUACAAACCUACAUACGGUGUAGAGUACACAGUUUCCAACAACUACUAUAAGUAUUUCGAAAUGAAUCAUGUCGUGAAGGCUUUCAUCGUACUUUCUGGAGAAGUUGACACUAUGGAAGAUACGGAGGAAUACUUGCAGUGGACUACUCAACCUAUCCAAGACCUAAGCUUCAAGGAAGCUUUCAAUAUUAUUCAGCAACAAGAGGAAGGGGAAAUAAUCUUACCAUUACAGAUCACUUGGAGCUCAAAGCAAAUCCCUAAAGUGGCCUUCUUUCAAUGGAGGCUAUACCUCAACCUUCUCCCAUUCCCUCCCACCCUCACCAAAUUUGGUGGACUCGAACUCUCAGAACAGACUGUUGGGAAACGAGGCUUGGAUAACGCAGCAGAAAACAAAAAUUUAUAGUCCAAAACUCGAUUCCACCCAAGAACAACUUACGUAAAUUACUAGCUAUAGUAAGAAAUUUACCUUAACGGUGAAAACGGAGAACGGAGGAACGGUCGGGGAUGGUUUUGAGGAGAUGAACGUAGCGCCAAACGUAUGAAGCCUCCAACGUAUCCACACAAACUUGCUCCGGAGUCCAAGAUUAAACUUGUGCUAGCAAGUUUAAUAUAGGAUAGUAAAAACU